AUGCAAUACGACUACUACCAAGACAAUAACGGCUAUGGAUACAAUUACUACAAUGCUGCCCCCGCAUACAACUCAUAUUCAUACACGCCCCAGCCAGCAAUGACUGAGGUGAACAUUCAGUACAUAGAAGAAGAUUACGUUCGGCCAAUGACUGAGGAAGAAGCUAUUGUUGUGGGCAUUGUGGUUAUAGCCUUUAUUAUUAUAUUAUUCGUGUCAGAGCUAGUUAUAUUUAUCAAGAAGAUGCUAAAUAGCAGAAAAAUCCGAAGCCCCACAACGGCAACAGCGUCGAAUGCGCGGACAUCAUCAACUUAUAACAGUGAAUCGAGCUAUUCAAAUUAUAAGCCAGAAAAAAGUGCAUAUGCGUCUGAGUAUGACUACACUUCCAACUCGCCAAAUUAUAAUCCGACAGCGCCCAUGGAAGAAAGCAACUCGUCGUACCCCAACUGCCCCCCUCCUCCAUACAGCAGCGUGUGGGAUGGGCCUUCGCAUGGAAGCAAUGCCGAAAAAAGCUUUGCAUACACAGACAUGCCGCAGACAAGCACAACAUUCACUCCGCCGGCGCCAGGGUUCAGGCCUAUGGGAUUCCCUACGCAUGCCUUCCCAGCGACGGGUCCAGCCCCAAUUCCGACCGUGAGAGUUGCCGUUCCGCCUGUGAGGCCAAUGGCACCCACCGGGAGAAGAAUAGUCAACGUCAGCACGAAAGUUCCUGUUGGCACAAAACUUAAUGUUAACAUUGUGAAGAAGCCCACACAUGCUGCAAGGUCAAGAUCCGAUCUGAAAUCAGCGGUAAAUGGCGCGAGUCUCAUUGGGGGAUAUGCUUUCAGCCGGGUGAAUAAAGCUUUUUGCAGCGACAGCGUAGAAGAGUAG